AUCGAGUGGUAGAUGAUCUAAACCCAAUGUUGAACUUCACCCGAAAGGAGGUGGAAAACCUACUGCACUUUGUUGAGAAGGAGCCAGCUCCCCAGACAUCCUUGAAUAUAAAGGGCAUCAAGGAGUCAGUCUUGCAACUUGCCUGUCUGAAAUUCCCUCACCUCAUCACCAAGGAGCCUUUUGAGCACGAGUCACUGCUCCUCAACCGAAAGGAUCACAAGCUGACCAAGGCUGAGAAGAAGGCAGCAAAGAAAAGCUAUGAGGAGGACAAACGCACGUCAGUGCCCUAUACCCGCCCAUCCUAUGCACAAUAUUACCCCGCCAGUGACCAGAGCCUGACCAGCAUCCCCGCCUUUAGUCAGAGAAACUG